CUCUCUUUGAUUAUUUGCAUUUUCAGGAAAUAUUUCAGAAGAGGACAGACCACAGACGGUUAUAAAAAAGAAAGGUUUUUUGCCAGUCAAAUUUAAUCCAGCAGGAUGGAAUCAUCAUCGUCCAAGGCGAAACAACAUUGUCGCAAAUUCACUCUAAAUGCUCUCAAGUUGGCCACCAAUAAUUUCAGUGCUACAGAGGAAUUAGGGCAUGGAGGUUUUGGUACGGUUUAUAAAGGUUUCAUCCGCAAAGAGAAUCUAAUGGUAGCGGUGAAGAGGCUAAACACAGCCAAGCUAAAGGAGAAGGGGUUCUAUGAGGAGAUUGUAGCACUAAGUCAGAUCCAGCAUAGUAAUAUUGUCUCUCUCAUUGGCUAUUGCGACGAGGAUAGAGAGAAGAUUAUUGUAUAUGAGUUCAUAGCGAAUCGAACUCUAUAUGAUCACCUCCACAAACUACUAAGGGACGGCCACUCCUUGCUCUCCCUGAAUGAACGACUCAGAAUCUUAAUAGGAGCUGCUCGAGGCUUGUAUCAUCUUCACUACUGCAUCAGGGGAGGCUCAUUUAUACACCGCGAUGUGAAGAGUGAAAAUAUCCUUCUCGAUGAAAAUCAUGUGGCUAAACUUGCAGAUUUUGGAUUGGCUAAAUUUGUAAGCUUGGAUGACCCACAUAGCCAUGUUAGUACGGGUGGUGAAGGCACGCCUGGAUAUCUGGAUCCGUACUAUUUUUACAACAGGAAACUUACAAGGGCUAGUGACACCUAUUCUUUUGGAGUGACGAUGUUUGAAGUAUUGAGUGGUAGACAUGUAAUUGAUGAUGAUCGUCCUGAGGAAGAACCCAUCUUCCCCAUUUGGGCUUUAGAGAAAGAAGCUCAUGAGAUUUUAGACCCAGUUUUACGUGGAAGCAUCUCGGAAGAUAGCCUCAAGAUAAUUUGUAAUGUAGCUAAAAGAUGCUUGCAUGCCGAACCAAAGCAGCGGCCGGAAAUGAGUGAAGUUCUUGCCCAACUUGAGCUAGCCCUACUCACAUCCUAUAAUGAAUCAGACAAUGAAGAUAAUGUUAAUAUGCGGCAGGUAACUGAAAAUUUGGCCUUUGCAAUAUCAGAGUUGGAAAAAGUGACUAAAGAAGUCAAUUCCAUGGGUCAUGGAUCAAGAGGAAGUAAUGUUUACAAAGGAUUCAGCAGUACUGGAGAAAUUGCUAUUAAACGGUACAACUGCCAAAUGUCAGAACAAGCAUUCCUAGCACAGGUUGUCACACUAGCAAAUCUGGAUCAUGAAAAUGUGGCAAAGCUACACGGAUACUGUAUGACUAAUGAUAUGGAUUAUUAUGUGUAUGAGUUUGCUCUUGGAUGGUCAUUACAUGACGGUCUACAUCGUAAGUUUUUCUACCAAAAAGGAAUAAUGACAUGGGGCAUAAGAAUUAAAAUUGCUGUUGAAGUUGCUAAAGGUUUGUGCUACAUUCAUGACGAGAAAGAACUGAUUCAUCGCAAUAUCAAAUCCAGUAAUGUUUUAAUUUUUGAGGAAACCGCUAAAAUAACUGAUCUUCAUCUGUCCAAUCCAUGUUCUUGUAAGUCACCGGUUCCUCUUCGUGGACCAAGGCCGAAAUGCGAACUUUAUCAUCCACCAGAAUUUUCAAAGGAUGGCGAUAGUAAGGCUGGUGAUGUUUAUAGCUUUGGUGUAGUUCUACUUGAACUCUUGACAGGUAAGAAACCAAUUGACUCUACAUUGCCAAAUGGAAUGGACCUUGUGAGUUGGGCAACACCACAUCUAACUAGUGAGCAAGGGAACCUUGUGAGGUGGUUAACACCACAACUUAUUAGUGAGGAAGGAUUACAAAUGAUUGUGGAUGAUCGACUCGAGAAAGACUAUCCUCUCGUGGCAGUUAAAAUGAUGGCCGGAGUUGCUGUAUCGUGUCUUGCAAAUCGACCCUUUCUCCGUCCAACAAUGGAUGAGGUUUCGGAAAAUCUACAGGAAGCUUUACGCAAAACACAAGACUAUUACCGGGAAAUACUGAUGUCAAACCACAAAGCCCAUGCACCGCAACGUAGUCCAGCCGCAACACCUUAGAGAUAUCAUGUCAAGGCGGCCUAUCUUCACUUCAUUUAGUAUGUGCAAGUGAGUCGAGUGAUUAAUAAUUCAUUCUCGGGUUUUCUUUGUCGGUUCUUUCCCGAGUUAUAUUAAGAGUUGAACCGCAUGGUUAGGUUAGCUAAGUUGAAUAAUAUUCUGAUGAAUUGCAAUAAUUACUCCCAAAAUAAAUUCUAGCAGUGUAUGGUUUGGGAGAUUUACAAAUACUGAUUAAAGUAAAUAAUUAAUAAACCCAAUUAUUCUUCGUCCUCAA